CGCCGUCUAACGGGAGCACAUUUGCCUCGGGGCAAACACCAGAAAGGGGUUUCUGAGAUUGGACUUUUUCGUUUGGCACCCCCCCUAGCUCAAGACCUGCCCCACUCUUCCAAAAUAAUCCAAACUUUGUGUUUUGUUACCCCGAUCUUGUGAUAAACCAGAGAGACAGAAAGAGACCACUAUGUCCAGCCGUAGCUCGUUCCGUUCCCGUUCCCACUUCAGCAGCCAGUCUUACACCCCCGGCUUGUCCAUGCAACGGGUCAGCGUGGUCCGGGGCGCUCAGCGACUGGGUAACGUGCCCCCUCUGGGCAAAAUACCCGCCGAGAAUCCACGCUUCGAGGGCGGCCAGGAAUUCCAGGAGCUGCGUAUCCGCGAGAAGGAACAGAUCAAAGGGCUGAAUAACCAGUUCGCCAGUUUCAUCGACAAGGUGCGGGCACUGGAACACCGCAACAAGCAGCUAGAAAUGCACUGGAAACUGCUGCAGGAGAAAGGUGUGCGCAGCUCCAACAUUGACCAACUCUUCCAAGUUUAUUCCAACAACCUCAAACAGCAGAUCGAUACCUUAGCCCAGGAGAAGCUUCGCCUGCAAUCUGACCUGGAGGGCAUGCAGGGAAUGGUGGAAGACUACAAGACCAAGUAUGAAGAUGAAAUCAACUUGCGCACAGAAAGAGAGAAUGAAUUUGUAAUGAUCAAGAAGGAUGUCGAUGAAAGCUAUCUCAACAAGGUGGAACUGGAGGCUAAGCUUGAGAGCCUUACCGAUGAAAUAAAUUUCCUGAAGGAUAUAUUUGAAGAGGAGAUCCAUGAGCUGCAGGCCCAAAUCAAGAACACUGCUGUUACUCUGGAGGUUGACACUAGCCGUAAAUUGGACCUCUCCAGCAUCCUCAAUGAUGUCCGGUCUCAAUAUGAAGGAAUGGUUGUUAAAAUGCGCCAAGACACUGUGACCACAUGGGAAAACAAGUUCAGCGAUAUGAAGAAGAAUUCUGGGAAGUAUGCAGAUGAGCUCCGUGUAAUGAAGACUGAGAUUUCAGACAUGCAAAGACAAAUUGGGCGGCUUAAUUCUGAAAUCCAAGCUCUGAACAAACAAAAACUGCAGCUGGAGACAGCCAUCGCUGAAGCAGAGGAACGUGGGGAGCUGGCACUUGGAGAAGCUAAAAAAAGGAUUGUUGAAUUGCAAGAAGCCAUAGAGAAGGCUAACAAGGAAAUGAUCAGCCAGGUACGAGAGUACCAGGAUCUGAUGAACGCUAAGCUUGCCCUGGACAUCGAAAUUGCCACUUACAAAAAACUGCUGGAAGGCGAAGAGAACAGGUUGUCAACACCUGUGAAUGUCACCUAUCAUCAAACAGUCAAAACAGGUUUUGGAUUUCCACAAUACCAGUUUGAGACCUUGAGCCGUGGUGGGAUGGAAACAAGUGGAGUGAGCAAAUCCCUCAUUGUCAAGACAAUUGAAACCAAGGAUGGGAAAACGCUCUCUGAGUCCCCCUUUAUUCGAAGGAAAUGAAGUCUUUGUGUUUUACAGAAUGAUAUGUCUUAUCAUUUCAAUCAAUUUAAACCUCUUGAGUUUCAACAUUUCUUGGUUAAAAUGUACCUUAAGUCAUCAUCAAUGUGUCCUUUUAAAGGACCUUGAGAAUAAGGGAACAUGAAGGAUUUUGAAGUAUUCCUGGUAGCAAAUAUGAAAUAAAGCUUGAUAAUACAUUA